AUGAAGAAGAAAGCUCUUUCACCAGUGAGGCUGGUCAACUCUGAUAACCGCUGCUCUGGCAGAGUGGAGAUCUUCCAUAAUAAACAGUGGGGGACGGUGUGUGAUGAUUCCUGGGGCCUGAAUGAUGCUCAGGUGGUCUGCAGACAGCUGGACUGUGGUGAAGCUCAUGCAGCGCCAACAAAUGCCCGGUUCGGACAGGGCAAUGGACCCAUCUGGUUGGACGAUGUUCAAUGUUCUGGAAAUGAAUCAUUGAUCACAAACUGCACUCACAGAGGAUUUGGGGUCCACAACUGUGGUCACGAUGAAGAUGCCAGCGCUAUCUGUAAUGGGAAAAACGUAUCAUAUCCUGGAGUUUAUCCAACAACUCCUGAUCCAUGGCCACUGCCCAGUACACAGAUCACUAACAACACAACACCACCAGACAACAGCACAGUGGUGGAAGGGGAGAUCCGUCUGGCCAAUGGAUCAAGCACCUCCUGCUCUGGCAGAGUGGAGAUCUUCCUUCAUGGACAGUGGGGGACGGUGUGUGAUGAUUACUGGGGCCCGAAUGAUGCUCAGGUGGUCUGCAGACAGCUGGGCUGUGGCAGGGCGCUCUCAGCACCACUAGGGGCAGAAUUUGGACAAGGUACAGGGAAUAUCUGGAUGGAUGAUGUCAAGUGCACAGGCAGCGAAUCAAAGCUCUCUGAGUGUCCGCACAGAGGAGUAGGAAGUCACAACUGUGGUCACAGUGAAGACGCUGGUGUCGUGUGUGAAGCUCUUUCACCAGUGAGGCUGGUCAAUUCUGAUAACCGCUGCUCUGGCAGAGUGGAGAUCUUCCAUAAUAAACAGUGGGGGACGGUGUGUGAUGAUUUCUGGGACCUGAAUGAUGCUCAGGUGGUCUGCAGACAGCUGGGCUGUGGCAGGGCGCUCUCAGCACCACUAGGGGCAGAAUUUGGACAAGGUACAGGGAACAUCUGGAUGGAUGAUGUCAGGUGCACAGGCAGCGAAUCAAAGCUCUCUGAGUGUCCGCACAAUGGAGUCAGAAAUCACACCUGUGGUCACAGUGAAGAUGCUGGUGUCGUGUGUGAAGCUCUUUCACCAGUGAGGCUGGUCAAUUCUGAUAACCGCUGCUCUGGCAGAGUGGAGAUCUUCCAUAAUGGACAGUGGGGGACGGUGUGUGAUGAUUUCUGGGACCUGAAUGAUGCUCAGGUGGUCUGCAGACAGCUGGGCUGUGGCAGUGCGCUCUCAGCACCACUAGGGGCAGAAUUUGGACAAGGUACAGGGAACAUCUGGAUGGAUGAUGUCAGGUGCACAGGCAGCGAAUCAAAGCUCUCUGAGUGUCAGCACAUUGGAGUCGGAAAUCACACCUGUGGUCACAGUGAAGAUGCUGGUGUCGUGUGUGAAGCUCUUUCACCAGUGAGGCUGGUCAAUUCUGAUAACCGCUGCUCUGGCAGAGUGGAGAUCUUCCAUAAUAAACAGUGGGGGACGGUGUGUGAUGAUUCCUGGGGCCUGAAUGAUGCUCAGGUGGUCUGCAGACAGCUGGACUGUGGUGAAGCUCGUGCAGCGCCAACAAAUGCCCGGUUCGGACAGGGCAGUGGACCCAUCUGGUUGGACGAUGUUCAGUGUUCUGGAAAUGAAUCAUUGAUCACAAACUGCACUCACAGAGGAUUUGGGGUCCACAACUGUGGUCACAAUGAAGAUGCCAGCACUAUCUGUAACGGGAAAAACGGAUCAUAUCCCGGAGUUUAUCCAACAACUCCUUAUCCAUGGCCACUGCCCAGUACACAGAUCACUAACAACACAACACCACCAGACAACAGCACAGUGGUGGAAGGGGAGAUCCGUCUGGCCAAUGGAAGAAGCCGCUCCUGCUCUGGCAGAGUGGAGAUCUUCCUUCAUGGACGGUGGGGGACGGUGUGUGAUGAUUACUGGGACCUGAAUGAUGCUCAGGUGGUCUGCAGACAGCUGGGCUGUGGCAGGGCGCUCUCAGCACCACUAGGGGCAGAAUUUGGACAAGGUACAGGGAAUAUCUGGAUGGAUGAUGUCAAGUGCACAGGCAGCGAAUCAAAGCUCUCUGAGUGUCCGCACAAUGGAGUAGGAGUAGAAAACUGUGGUCACGGUGAAGAUGCUGGUGUCGUGUGUGAAGCUCUUUCACCAGUGAGGCUGGUCAACUCUGAUAACCGCUGCUCUGGCAGAGUGGAGAUCUUCCACAAUGGACAGUGGGGGACGGUGUGUGAUGAUUCCUGGGACCUGAAUGAUGCUCAGGUGGUCUGCAGACAGCUGGGCUGUGGCAGUGCGCUCUCAGCACCACUCGGGGCAGAAUUUGGACAAGGUACAGGGAACAUCUGGUUGGAUGAUGUCAAGUGCACAGGCAGCGAAUCAAAGCUCUCUGAGUGUCCGCACAAUGGAGUAGGAGUAGAAAACUGUGGUCACGGUGAAGACGCUGGUGUCGUGUGUGAAGCUCUUUCACCAGUGAGGCUGGUCAAUUCUGAUAACCGCUGCUCUGGCAGAGUGGAGAUCUUCCAUAAUGGACAGUGGGGGACGGUGUGUGAUGAUUCCUGGGGCCUGAAUGAUGCUCAGGUGGUCUGCAGACAGCUGGACUGUGGUGAAGCUCAUGCAGCGCCAACAAAUGCCCGGUUCGGACAGGGCAGUGGACCCAUCUGGUUGGACGAUGUUCAGUGUUCUGGAAAUGAAUCAUUGAUCACAAACUGCACUCACAGAGGAUUUGGGGUCCACAACUGUGGUCACAAUGAAGAUGCCAGCACUAUCUGUAACGGGAAAAACGGAUCAUAUCCCGGAGUUUAUCCAACAACUCCUUAUCCAUGGCCACUGCCCAGUACACAGAUCACUAACAACACAACACCACCAGACAACAGCACAGUGGUGGAAGGGGAGAUCCGUCUGGCCAAUGGAAGAAGCCGCUCCUGCUCUGGCAGAGUGGAGAUCUUCCUUCAUGGACGGUGGGGGACGGUGUGUGAUGAUUACUGGGACCUGAAUGAUGCUCAGGUGGUCUGCAGACAGCUGGGCUGUGGCAGUGCGCUCUCAGCACCACUAGGGGCAGAAUUUGGACAAGGUACAGGGAACAUCUGGAUGGAUGAUGUCAAGUGCACAGGCAGCGAAUCAAAGCUCUCUGAGUGUCAGCACAACGGAGUAGGAGUAGAAAACUGUGGUCACGGUGAAGACGCUGGUGUCGUGUGUGAAGACAACAGCACAGUGGUGGAAGGGGAGAUCCGUCUGGCCAAUGGAAGAAGCCGCUCCUGCUCUGGCAGAGUGGAGAUCUUCCUUCAUGGACGGUGGGGGACGGUGUGUGAUGAUUACUGGGACCUGAAUGAUGCUCAGGUGGUCUGCAGACAGCUGGGCUGUGGCAGUGCGCUCUCAGCACCACUAGGGGCAGAAUUUGGACAAGACAACAGCACAGUGGUGGAAGGGGAGAUCCGUCUGGCCAAUGGAUCAAACACCUCCUGCUCUGGCAGAGUGGAGAUCUUCCUUCAUGGACAGUGGGGGACGGUGUGUGAUGAUUCCUGGGGCCUGAAUGAUGCUCAGGUGGUCUGCAGACAGCUGGGCUGUGGCAGGGCGCUCUCAGCUCCACUCGGGCCAGAAUUUGGACAAGACAACAGCACAGUGGUGGAAGGGGAGAUCCGUCUGGCCAAUGGAAGAAGCCGCUCCUGCUCUGGCAGAGUGGAGAUCUUCCUUCAUGGACGGUGGGGGACGGUGUGUGAUGAUUACUGGGACCUGAAUGAUGCUCAGGUGGUCUGCAGACAGCUGGGCUGUGGCAGUGCGCUCUCAGCACCACUAGGGGCAGAAUUUGGACAAGACAACAGCACAGUGGUGGAAGGGGAGAUCCGUCUGGCCAAUGGAUCAAACACCUCCUGCUCUGGCAGAGUGGAGAUCUUCCUUCAUGGACGGUGGGGGACGGUGUGUGAUGAUUCCUGGGGCCUGAAUGAUGCUCAGGUGGUCUGCAGACAGCUGGGCUGUGGCAGGGCGCUCUCAGCUCCACUCGGGCCAGAAUUUGGACAAGGUACAGGGAACAUCUGGAUGGAUGAUGUCAGGUAA